AUGGCCGAAGCAACAAAUCCAGCGCUGCUCGAUGCUUCGAUGGCUAGCUUGGAUCCUACGAGUAUGGCAAAUAUGGCGCUUCCCACGCCUACUUCUACUAGCAGUACUAGUGCUACUACAUCUACCAAUAGGAGUACCAAGCGACUGGACUUUGGCGUCCUUCAUCAGAGUGGCUUGCGCCUACGACAGCACGAACUGAAUCAAUUGCUGCAGUACGCGUCGUCUACGGAAACUCGUAGUCCGGCCGUGUGGAUGCAAGCCGAAGCCGGGGUUGGAAAGUCGGCGCUCUUGCAGCAGUUUCGAGACGAACUAUGUAAUGGCAGUAGUGGCAAUAGUAGUUGUACUAUGAAGGGACGAGCCGUGGUGAUGGGAGGCAAGUUUGAAGAACGAGCGGCGGCUUCCGAGCCGUUUGCUGCGCUGCGAGACGCCGUCAGUGAGCUGGUCGAGCACUUUCUAAAUGUGCAUCACAACUCUGCACUGGCUACUACUAGUAGCACUGCUACUGAUACGACGGAGAGCAUGUAUACGGGUGGUACAACUACAUGUACGGAGAGUCAGUCUGAUGCAUCCGAGCAAGCUGAUCAGACAACGGAGCAAGCUAGUGCGGAUCAGGGAUGCCAUCAGACGGUGACGAAGCAGUCAGAUACAUCCUACAGUACGCAUGAUCAGGGGGGUAAUCAGACUGAGCAAGCUCCUGAUCAGGAGGAGGAUCAUCAGACGAAGCAAGCCGGGGCUGAUCAGACAGUGGCGGAACAACGAGGUUGGGCAGAAGGAUUGCAGCAAGAGCUAGGAACGGCGUUGCCUCUCUUUUUGGACAUUUUGCCCGCCCUCAGACGCAUCCUUCCCUUGAACAAUAGCAGCCUCAGUACGAGUCUCCACAAGAUGGCAGCAGAAGAGGAAAAGGACCGCCAUCACGCGGAUGACGACGACCAUGCCUUUGGGACGUUCAACCGCAGAGAGUACCGCUUUGAACGAUUCCGACUCGGAUUUCGGACACUGAUACGAUACACAUGUUCGUAUCUAAUGCAUCAUCAAGCGCAGUCUUCAUUGGUGCUCUUGCUCGACGAUUGGCAUUCCUGCGAUCCGGAUUCCCUUCAGAUUGUCAAGACAUUGAUGGAAGAUCCCCAACGUCCCCGCAACUUUUUACUCGUCGCCGCCACACGGCCCAUUCAAGAUUAUCCCGCACUGGAACAGCUCUACCAGACGAUGGCACAACAGCAAGCGUCAGAACAGGAAGUACUACGCAUCAUGGACAUUCCUCGCUGGAGUGUCACCGAGAUUGCCGAUAUUCUCACCACACUAUUGGAACGACCUCAUCGGCAGCAUCAAGAGGACAAUGAUGAUAUACUCGAAUUGGCCGAGAUUGUCCAGCGCAAAACGCAGGGCAAUGCCUUUGUCGUACUCCAAUUCCUACGCCUACUGGAACGAUCCGGACAUAUCUAUCAUCAUCACCAGCAGUGGCACUUUGACACGCACAUGAUUGCUCAAGUCGAUCGCAUCUCGGACAAUGUCUCACAAGUCGUCGCACACGAAAUGGAAAAGAAUCAACGACGACGAUCGGCGCUCAUGGUCGCUGCCAGUUUUGGGGUCUCCCAGUUUGAUGUGGCCACCAUUGUGCAUGCCGUGGCUGUGGUCGAGCCACCAAACAAUAAGGAACAACCAGAGGGAUCCUCCACGACCAUGACCUGCAGCAUGACAACAGAUGAAUCGAUCGGCGACUACGAGGAAUACGAAGACCCCUACGUCGUACGACAACGCGUUCAUGACAUGAGUUGUGAAUUGUCACAUGCGGCAUUGGAAGGAUUCGUGGAAGAAAUGGCACCGGGACAGUUUCGAUUUGCUCAUGAUCGAAUACGAGAAUCCGCCUACAGCUUGCUGCCCGAAGGACAGCAUGCCCGCCAACAAGUUCAUUUGCGUGUGGGACGACAAUUGCGAUCCUGGAUGGAUACCCAGUCCGAAUUGGGAUUGGGCAGUGGCACUGCAGCUGGAGCUUUUUCCAAAGAAUCGCUCUUGUUGCAUGCCACCAAACAAUUGAAUGCCGGUGCCGAUCUCAUUCAUGACGAUUGGGAAUUGCUCGAUUUGGCCGAUCUCAAUUAUCAAGCGGCCGCAUUGGCGGCACGCAAAACAGCAUUUUUCUCCUCCAUGGAAUAUCUCCAAGUGGGCAUCACUCAUCUCGGGGACGACGCGUGGAGGCGACACUACGAUCGCACUCUCCGAUUCUGUGUGGCAUUGACCCGCAUGCAGUACAGUUGUGGGUUGUUGGACGAAUGCUGGGAAACGGGAGGAGGCGUUAUUGCACAUGCCAAAAGUUUUGAUGACAAGAGCAAAAUCUAUCAUACGCAAGUUCUGUGUCUGAUGCAACAGGGACGCAUGAACGAGGCUAUGGAAUUGGUCUUGGAUGUUUUGGAUGUCAUGGGACGGCCGGUGCCGCGAAAGAUGGUCAUCUACCGCGUCUUUCAAGAGUACCGAAAGGCGCAAAAGUUUCUCAAGAAUUCUACCGAGGAAGAACUCCUUAAUAUUCCAGCCGUGUACGAUGCGGAUCUGGAAAUGCAACUGGACUUUCUACAGUCACUGGCCGAAACUUGUUUUCUCAGUGGCAAGUUUGCCUAUGUCAUUUAUGUCAGCAUGCGAUAUCUCACUUUGGUGGCAGAGCAAGGAAACUAUCCCCGGUCGUUCUUUGCCUACAACCUCUACGCCAGUUAUUUCAAGGCACAAAUGGGAGACUUUGCCGGCGCUCAACCCUACGCAAAGCUAGCGCGGAUGCUCAGUGAGAAGAACAAAGCCAUUGUCCCUCACUUUGCGGCUCGUUCGGAGGACAUGUUGAUUGCCUACGUCGACCAUUGGCAGGAGAAUGUGCGAAAAUCGUUGGCAGCGGAAAUGGACGCCUUUGAACGACUGUGGGCCGCCGGUUUGAUCGACACUGCUCUGAUGGACGCGUCCACCUUGCUACAACACUUCUUUGCCGCGGGCGAGCACCUGGACGUGACGGUCCAAAAGUGUUCCUUCUACUCGGAAGCCAUGCAAGACUUCAAGCAAACAGCAAGCUGGUACAUCAACGCCUCGCAACAUCAAGCCAUGCUCAAUCUACAAGGUCAUUCCGAGAAUCCCGCGGUUUGCACUGGCACCGUAAUGGAUGCCCAAGCCUGUCAAGAGAGUUGGAAGGCCAAUCCCAAUCUACCCGCACAAUACAAUUUUCAAUUCUGGUCCGUGGUACUGGGAUACCACUUUGGCGAUCUCCACGCAGCCAAGCGUCACAUCAAGGCAAUGCGGAGCGAUCUCUUUGAAGACGGGUCCGUUGCCCUGGUGCGUCUCCGGUUAUUCUACACUGGUCUUGUCUUCUAUGCCCUCUGUAAGGACACUGGCAAGGGCAAGUAUCGCAGAAGAGCCAGAAAGGCUUCCAAGCAGCUGCAACAAUGGGCAGAUAAGGGAUCCGUGAACUGCAAAUGUCUCUGGCAACUGCUGGUAGCUGAAGACCUGGCAUCCCAACGUAGAUCCAAUGUGAAGAUGACGGUGGCAGCAUUUGAGCGGGCCAUUCAAGCCAUUGAGGAGCUGGAGCAGUGCCAUCACCUGGCCCUUGCCAACCAGUUGGCUGGAUCCUUUUUGAUGUCGCGGCAAACUCCCGAUGGGGCUCGUGCGGCUAAUACGUAUCUCAAGACCGCCGUUUCGCUCUUUGAGCAAUGGGGUGCCUCGGGCAUCGUUCGGGAUCUCAAGGCGCGGUAUCCAGGAGCGAUUUAG